CGAAUGCUUUAUUUAAUUUAAAGCGUCGACUCAGUUCUAGACAACGACGCAAAUCGCGGACAAACAUGCGGCUUCUGCACGUCAUUCUUGCACUGCUACGUUGCGAUCGUGAUCGCGAAUAACCGAUUUAAAAAACUGUACUGUAACGUCCAAUAUUCACCAGAAUAACAUUUAGGAAAUCGUAAAAGUAUGAAGUGUCGGUUGACGGUCGUCGUUCUUUUGGCUGUAGCAUCAACCACUAAGACGGAAACAUACAAAGUCACUGAUCAAGUGUACUUGGAUAUUAUGAUUGACAAUCAUCCAGUUGGUAGGAUUAUUAUUGGCCUGUUCGGCGAUAUUGCACCGAAAACAGUGAAAAAUUUUAUCACUUUUGCUACUACUGGUGUAGCUGGAAAAAAAUAUGCAGGAACCAAAUUUCAUCGAGAUAAAAAAUUCAUGAUUCAAGGUGGUGAUGUCGAAAAUGGUGAUGGUACAGGUUCCCUUAGUAUUUACGGCAAAUACUUUGACGAUGAAACUUUUGAGGUGAAACAUACUGGACCAUUGUUUGUCAGCAUGGCAAACGCUGGAAAAAAUACCAAUGGUUGUCAAUUUUUUAUCACUACCAUUGCAACACCUUGGCUAGAUAAUCAACAUACAGCAUUUGGAAAGGUGAUUAGCGGUGAAGCUAUUGUAUUCAAGAUCGAACAGAUCAAAACUGAUAGCGAUGACAUUCCACGCGUGCCUGUCGUAAUCUAUGAUAGUGGAAUUCUUCCAACAGAGCCAUUUACUAUAGCAGAUAAUCCUUAUGAUGUAUGGGCGUGGAUUAAGGCAACCUGUGUACCAUUGGGAUUUAGUUUCUCAAUACUCGCAAUUUUCCAUUAUAUAAUGAAGCAGUUGGAUGUCUAAGAGUCAAUCUUGAUAAGAAAGACUGAUUUAAAUAGAAACUUUAUGCCUUUAUUUGAUUUAUAAAUUUCAUAUUUAUUUUUGUAUAUACAAAAUUAUGUAUCAUUGUAUAU